AGCGCCUCAGCAAACGGCAAUAAGAAAAAGCGUGUUGGACAGAGGGCUUGCGAUGUUUGUAGACGCAGAAAGAGUGACGGGGCUCGGACAUCGGGUAAGCGAUGUUCAACGUGUGCCACGGGCAAGUUGAACUGUACGUACAUCGAGGCGCACCGUCAAAGCGGUUCGUUUUUCUUCCUUGACAUUCUAACAUAUUGCUCAGGGAUUUCGCUGUUUAGCUAUGUCAGGAGCUUGGAGGAUAAGGUAGAAAAGAUGGAGAACCUUCUUCGCAAGGUACGUUCCGAAGUUUUCCCAUGUGGUGGCAAAUACAUCAACCGACCCUCGCAGAUCCUUCCUCCGGAGGCAGAUUUAGAGGAGGAGCUUGAGGCUGUUCAGACACUCCCAGAGGACGCCCCGAGUUUGUUAUCUGCCUUGGUCCACUCGCUGAGCCUCGAAGAACCCGAAGUAGAAGACCGUGACCAUGCACUGGAAAGCAACCUUGAGGAAUUCAAAGACUACGUCCUCGGUUAUCGAUAUCACGGGAAGUCAAGUUCCGUUCAGUUCCUCCAAGAAGCCUUGGAUGCCAAAGCGGGGCAACCUGGAACGCUGUACAAUGUCACGAGUUUCCAACAUCUGCGUCCCGAGUUUUGGGAAUUCCGUCCAUGGAACAAUCCCUACCGCUAUGCUUCGCAACCAAUGGGCUUCAUAUUCCCGACAGCGGAUUUGAUGCCGAAGCUAAUCGACGCGUACUUCAUGUACCUGAAUACAUUUCUUCCUGUCCUCCAUCGGCCAACAUUCGAUAAAUCUUUGAAGGAAGGAUUGCAUUACAGAAGUCCCUUGUUCGGGGCGGUCGUUCUGGUUGUCUGUGCUCUUGGGUCUAGGCACGUAGAUGAUCCGCGUGUCCUCAUUGAAGGCGAGCAGUCAAAGUGGUCCAGUGGGUGGAAGUGGAUAUUUCAGGUUGUAAGUCGGCGUCGUGCGUUUCCUUCUUUGGAUCCUCCAAACUUGUAUGAUGCGCAGCUCUGUUGUCUUCUAUCUGAAUUUUACCUAGGCUCUUCAGUCCCGCAGCAAUCCUGGACCAUGGCGGGCGUUGGUUUGCGGAUUGCACAAGAUGCAGGAGCUCACCGAAAAAAGUCAUCGGGUAAUAGCCCAGUGCAAAAUACCGUGGACGCCGAACUGUGGAGACGCGUAUUUUGGUCUCUUGUAGCUCUGGAUAGGGUCCUUAGCUCAGCAUUUGGUCGGUCUUGUGCCUUAUACGAUGAAGAUAUUGAUAGCGACCUACCUACCGAGUGCGACGAUGAGUAUUGGGAACAUCCCGAUCCUCAACAAGCCUUUAAGCAGCCUCCCGGAAAACCGUCAGACGUGUCAUACUUGAAUUGUCACCUGCGGCUGACACGGCUGAUUAUGAUAUGCAUGCGGACCAUCUAUUCAAUUCAUAAAUCGAAAGUUCUUUAUGUCCUCAAGAAGGACUGGGAACAGCAAAUAGUUGUCGAACUUGACUCAGCGUUGAACAAAUGGGUUGACUCUAUACCCGAGCACCUGCGAUGGGACCCCAACCGCGCUGAUCUAGUACAUUUUCAUCAAUCAGCAUCCCUCCUGCUGGUGUAUAAUCACCUUCAAAUCCUCAUUCACCGACCUUUUAUCUCGUCUCCACGCAGUGACUUAUGUUCCCCCUCCCUCGCUAUAUGCACCAAUGCUGCGCGCUCAUGUUCACAUAUCGCAGAGCUCCAAAUUCAAAGGAAAGGCGAAUAUUUUCCUCCUUUAUCCGGUGUGCUGUCCUUCAAUGCAGCAAUUGUUCUCCUCGUAAACAUCUGGGGCGGACGACGGGCAGGGUUGAACCUUGAUAUCGACAAAGAGAUGGAGGACGUGCACAAGUGCAUGCGGGUCCUCGCACGUCUGGAGACGCGGUAUCAAUAUGCCGGCGUACUAUGGGAUGUCUUAUACGAGCUAGCAUCUGCUGGUGAUCUUCCGCUUCCU